GAGAUGGAAAAGCUUUUUGAGGGCGAAUCGGACCAAUUUUACUUUACGAAGUGCGGUGGCGAUUUGACGCUUUGGUCGCAGAGACGGGAAUAUCGACGUCUGCGAGGUGAGCUUUGCGAUUGGGGUGAUUUGAAGAUAUGCCCUCGUACCUACUGGCCACCCAUUUGGUGCCGUUACGACGAUUCCUUCGUGUGGAAUCACCGCAUUCUUCAAGAUCUUGUGGCUGCCGCUCUCCACUACCUACAUAUGGAAGAGGGACUGCCCAAAUUUGUUACUGCAAGCCGAUCACUCUCCCCUGUUGAUGAAAGUGCGGGACUGGAGGAUGAAAUGGAGACGUGUGAGCCAAGACGGCGAGCACCCGUAGGGGCAGGUCAACCCACUCGCUUGACAGAGUGUCUAUGUGCUCUUGAGUCCAUGCUCCCGCCGGUUAUCAACGGUUUUGUGAAACAGCACAAACUAGCCCUUCAUAUGUGGGACGUGGACGGUAGCAUUAGUCCGAAUACAUCAGAUCCCGUCACCCUGACUAUCAUCUCUCGGAGAAGUCAAUUCAGAGCCGGUUGUAGAUACCGACGAAGAGGCAUUGACGAAAAGGGAUAUGUGGCUAAUUAUGUCGAAACGGAACAGGUGUUGGAAGUCCCCAGCGAGGUGAGUGUACACGUCCUCUCCUUCCUGCAGAUCCGCGGCUCUGUGCCAGUCUUUUGGACCCAAACGGGCAUAAAAUACAAACCUCCGAUCCAACUGCAUAAAAGUCUAUCGGAGAAUCGAGAGGCCUUUCGCCUACAUAUUGAGCGUCCACUGCGGAAAUUUGACCGGUUGGUUGUAGUGAAUUUGGUUGAGACUGCACCAGGUCAUCAGGAGAGCAAAAUCACUGAGGCAUUUGUGCGGCAGCUCCUACUUUUCAACAAUCCUAACAUCACAUAUGUCGGUUUUGAUUUUCACGAAUAUUGCAAGGGUUUUCGCUUCGGGAACGUUUCUGUUCUUCUAGAUGGUGUCAAGGAUAUCAUCCGUGAUAUGAAGUAUUGCUGGCUGCACAAAGACUACCUCAUCUGUAAACAAGAGGGUGUCUUUCGGGUGAACUGUGUUGAUUGCCUGGACAGGACAAACCUCGUGCAAAGUGUGUUUGCAACCUCUGUGAUAGAAAUACAGGUAAUGCCGAUGUUUGGUGGUCCCAUAAUGUUCGCUCAAAUUUGCAGUGGAUUUUGA